UGGACAAUAUUAUCCAAUAAAACUCUGAUUUAACACCGGUCUUUAAAAUCUAACUUCAGAUUUUCUAGUUUUUGCCAUUUCUGAGAGAAGAGAGAAAAAAGCUUUUUUCUUCUUUGUAGUGCUUAACAUAUAUCUCUAUGACAAACGACAAAAGUAAAGCUGGUUCAACUGGAAGAUUUUUAGCUACCAGAGACUUUGACCCUAAACAGCAGUCUAUUAGAAAUUCCUUCAACCUUCUUCGCGCCAAGGCUAAUCCGCAACCCACUUCGUCAGAUUCAGGUACAUUACCACCUGCUGUCGAAGAACAAGUAACAGCCGAGGAUUUAAAUACGAAUACUGAAGCUGCUGUUGAUCGUAUAAAUAUUGAAGAAACUGAACAGGACAUUUUACUCGACGACCAUGUUGAUUCAGUUGAAACAGAGGAAGUCGAAGAAAACGAGGAAAGUUAUUUGGCAUCUUGCUUUGAAAAGAUUCAAGCCAGAUUAUCUGCUGAAGAGUAUCCCUCUGAAUACGAAAGAGGGACUUUCUGGAUCGAGCCGAUGAUGUGUUACUUCAUCCAUAAAAACAAUAAGAAGAUCGAAGAUAUUUACCAACCUCGACUUGCAGGUCUUUGCUGCCCUACUUGUGAUUUAAAGAUCGAAACAAAAGGAUACAACAAGCUACCUCACGCUAGAAGAAUUGUUGAUCUCCAAAGGUAACUGCUUUUAUCUUAUGUCAAUAAGAUACCGUUGUCUUUCUCCCAGAUGUGGGAAAACCUUCAAUGGUCAUAGUGAUUCGAUUAUAAGCCAACUUCC